UUCAAGAUGGCGACCAGAUUAGAUUUGAGGCCCAACAGGAAUUUGUUAGACUCGAAAUUUGAAAGCUAUCGCCUUUCUUUAGACCCUCUUCCGAUAUUAAAACAAAAUCUACAAGAAGGAGUUCAAAAUGUCGAUUUGGGAGAAGAUAGAUUCUCAUAUUUGGAAAUAUGCAUGUCUGGUCUUUUCAAUCACUUAAAUCAAGAUCCUUGGGCCUUAAACUGUUUAUUUUAUGUAAAUGAAAGUCACCACAUUUGUUGGAUUUGCCUUUCACAGGAUGGCAGAUUGACAGAUAGAAAGUUUGUGUGGCAAAUUCCUGUCGAAUCUGGUAAUUUUUCAUCUAAUGCAAGUAUCAGCUUUCCGGGAAUGGAGUGGGCCGUUGUCAGUAAUGGAAGUAGAACAAUUUACAUUCUUAAUACACCGAGCAGGAGUCAGGGUGAACCAUGGCAGCUUUGUUUUACCUAUGAAGUUGAUGGCUGUUCUUCGCAGUCUCUUUUAUUCAAUAGUAUUUACAGUAGUUAUCCAAGCAGAAAUCAAAUAGAUUGUGUUCUUGCUCACAUUUCAAAACCACAUAAUGUACAAGGAAGUUGUAAACUACCUGAAACAACGAUUCACUUUAUACUAGUUCUAGAAUGGUUGACAUUUACUUGUGCUGUAGGAAAUGAUAAUAAUGUGUGGAAUUUGAAACGUCUGAGGCGUCUAGUAGGGAGUAGCAUACCAAAUUAUGUUGUAAUUGAACCAGGAGGAAGUGCACUGUGUCUUGCAACAGAAAAAGAAUUUAGUUUUAUAUAUGACUCAGGAAAGCAAGAAGAAAUUACAGUUGAAGAACAGAAAGUGACAAUAUUACUCCCAUUAUACACAUAUAUACAGUCUAUGGAAGAUGUCAAUGUCAUAUUUCGUCUUCCAGAAAAUAUUAAUACAAGUGACAUAUCAGUCAUUAUACAAUCAUCUCAUUUAGAAGUUAAGUUUAAAGGUAAAACUGUAUUGGAAGGACCUUUAUGCAACACUGUUAAUGUUGAUGCAAGUACAUGGAUAGUAGAUGGAGAAAAACUUGAAAUAACUCUCAGUAAAUCAGAAGUGGGGUUAUUAUGGUCCGAAUUAGUAAUAGGAAAUACUCGUGGGGAAGAAGUUAUGGAUCCUUCAUUAGUAGCAGAGAUUCAUAAUCGUUUGGCUCACCUCACAAGUGAAGUCGAGGUAAAUGACAAAAACAAACCUCCAUUUAAUGCUCAACAACUAGAAGAAUGUGAUAUUUCAAAUGAAUUUUUUCUUUUUAUGAGACUGGAUGGAAACACUCACAGAGUAACACAUCAUGUAAUGUAUUAUUUUUAUACUGUAUAUUAUUAUUAUUACUCUUUAAACUCAGAAUCAGCCAAUGGAAAACUUGUUUGACUAACUAGUUUUGCUAUACAAGUUCCCCUUGUAGCUUGAAGGGUAAAAACAAUAAUGUAUCAGGAGAAAAAAAAAUUUAAAAAGAGAUUUUAGUUUUCUAAAUUCCUUUGAAGUGGUCCUGUUCAUGUGGUAUAAUUCUCUAAUGCCUCUUUUUUUCGAGGGCUUUCCACAACAAUUUCUUUUGGUCUGUUAUCAUAUGCCUUCUCCAGGUCAGUUAAAAGUCAAUGAUUUGUUCUUUACCAUGCAGUUUUUCAGAAUUUGUCAACUAGUCGUACAAGAUUGAACAUGAGAAAGACGGUGCAGAUUUAGUAAAGUUUUGUUCCUAAUUAAUAUGCUGUAAGUCUUUUCUAAAUGUGUAUGAUAAACCCAGUGGUAAACUAUGCACAAACUACAUAGGAAUUUUUAAAAAAGGAGAUAUCAAAUACCUGUGUUACAUUCCACUGGCAUCUUUUCUUGUUUCUCCCCUUAGUAUUAGUAUUUUAUUGAAGAUAUUGGUCAUGAUUAUUAUAAUUUUGUUAUCCCAUGUGUUUCCACAUUUCUCGGUCUUGGCAUACUUCCUAUUCUUUCUUAAGUCAUUAUCAUUGUGAAUACAUUGAUCAAAUGGCAUUUUGGAAGGCUUGAAGGAAGGACAAAUUUUUUUUGGUCUGUUUCUGAUGGUGUUCUCAGCUUCAGUAAUUAUUAAUCUUUCACUUGUACAUAUUCUUGUUCUUUAAGCUUAAUUACUUAAGGUAUAAUUUUAUUUCUCCUUCCUUGUUACCUUUUUUUACGUUUUCUAUUAAAGUGAAUACAUUUCCUCCAUAAUGGUUUUAUCCUGUAGCAGGUCGAUUAAAAUUCUCAUUCCAAAUUUCUUUCCAUUUAUCCAUAUCCACAAACAAUACUCUUACAGUACAUUAUUCAUUUUAAAGCUCUUUUCUGUUGCCAUUUAUGAAUGUAUACAUUUCAAUCAGCUUUUCCCCAUUGUCAUAUUUCUCACUCUAGAGCAGAGGAACAUAAUCAUUUCUUUUUGGAAUUGUUUCUCUCAAUUUAUCCCAGAAUAUUAAUUCUUUUCCUUCCCCAAUGAAUUAUCUGUUGGAGAUUUGUAUGAGCUGAGUUUUGGUAAUGUGAUCAUACUCAAAUUUUUAGUUGUAAAAGAUUAUGCUUUGGCUAUUCAAUAAUAAAUUAUGGGGAUCAUAAAAUGUGACUUUUUCAAUAUGGCAUAGUUAAUAAUUACUUGUUAACAAGUAUGUUGCGGUAAGAACAUUUUCAUAUAUAGACAUUUUAAAUUUAAUUUUUG